UACCCGGACAGUUUACAGGAGAACACCGCUGAAGCAGCGCGGGGUGCAGGUUGCGGUGUGGCUUUAAUUACUGAUAGAAUAAAUAGGUUAUUUUACUGUAAUUUACUUCUAAAUAAGCCUCUAGUUUAACCAGUAGAUCCUCACUCAAUCCAGGAUGUCUGACAACGAGGACAACUUUGAUGAUGGAGAUUUUGAUGAUGUUGAGGAAGACGAGGGACUGGAUGAUCUGGAGAAUGUGGAAGAUGAGGAUCAGGAGAACGUGCAGAUUCUCCCUGCUGGAGAGGGUCAGCAGGCCAAUCAGAAGAGAAUCACCACCCCCUACAUGACCAAAUAUGAGAGAGCCAGAGUACUGGGUACCAGAGCACUGCAGAUCGCGAUGUGUGCGCCGGUGAUGGUGGAGUUGGAGGGAGAGACAGACCCAUUGCAAAUCGCCAUGAAGGAGCUCAAGAGCAGGAAGAUCCCCAUCAUUAUCCGCAGGUAUCUGCCUGACGGGAGCUACGAGGACUGGGGCUGCGACGAGCUCAUCAUUUCAGACUAAUCUCACACACACACACACACACACACACAGUACAGCACAGCACAGACAUCCCUAAGGAGAUGAAAACUGUAUAUAACUGCCCCCAAAAACAUUUUUCUCAGUUUAUUUUGUAAAAUCCUUGCAAGUUAAACUCCCUCCACUAGAGGGAGCCAGACUCAUUUACACAGUGCUGACUCUGUUCCUCUGUUGUUCUUCCAGGGAAUUUUAGUUUGUUUUAUUAAUGAUGUCAUUAAACGUUUUGUAUUUAACAG